AUCCUUUGGUCCAUACCUGUUAACAACCAUGGUUGACUUAUUGUCGCUGAACACAAGAGGCUUUUACUUUAUACACAAUUUAUUGUACUGAUACUAUACAGAUAUUGGGCAUUGGCGAAAUUAGAAGCGCGAGUUAUGGAUCCUACUCUGAAUUAUCCUCAAAUCUACAAAGCCCUUAGCAUUGAUGUUAAGAAGAAAUUAAGCGAGAUAAAUAAGUGUGACGAACAGGCUACUGACUAUGCUAGUGUAGCCAAAAGUUUGGCCGUCCAGGAAUGUCAUGAGUUAGCGGCAGUCUUUUUACUGGGCAAAGCAAAAUGUGAAUUCGCUGCUAAAAAUCUGACUUCUGAAGCAUCAACAUUAUUUACAGCUGCAAAAUAUUUUAUACAAGCUGAUGAUAAAUUGGUUUCAACUAAUUCUAUUAAUUAUGAGGAUAAUUUAAAUUGCGCGAUUCUUUGUUUAUUAAGAGCAGCAAGAAUCUAUGAAUUGAAUGAACUUUUCACAUUAGCGACAAACGUUUACAUUUAUCUGGUGGAUACGUUAAUGAGACGAUAUAAAUUUCAUCAAUCUAUACCUUAUAUAAAACGAUCUAUAGAAAUUGUAUCCAAAGAUAUACUAAUAAGUUUAGAAUUAUAUAAACGUUUAAGUUAUUGUCAAUUAUAUAUACAUGAUUGGCCUGGUGCAUUGUAUACUUUUAUAUGUAUACAAAAUUUAACAAAAAAAGAAUUGACAUUGAAUUCAUUUGAUCUAUAUAUACAAUAUUGGAGUAUAUCUGAAAUAUUUCGAGUAUUACUUAUACUUCUAUGUAUGGUAUGUUCCAUUUCAGUUAUGAUUUCUUCUUUAUUACUCAAUGAAUAAUAAUAAUAAUAAUCAUUAUUGAUAGCCUUCCUAUAGAUUACAUAAUCUUGAUUCGUCGGAUUAUUCUUUAAAACAAUAUGAUAUUAUUGUAACUGAUGAAAAAGGUGAAGAUUUAUUCAAAUUAUCUACAUUGAAUUCUGUUUAUAUGGAUAAUAAUUUAUUUAUUCUAUUACAGUCUUUUGUGUUGGCACAUCAAUCAAAAGAUAUUUUAGAAUUAGAAUCACUUUCAGUUAUGCUUCAAUCAUUUGUAAAUUUAGAACAACGUGAAUUAAUUAGUUUAAUUCUUCGUGAAAUAAUAGUGGUUACAUCGUGAAGAAAAACAAAAUAAAUGGGUUUUUCUCUGUCAAUAUAUUCAAAUGAAACAAACUUCUCUGUGUCCUACUUUGUGAUCUUCCAACCAGAAAACUUAACGGUUGUCAAGUUCUAGCAAGCUUACUUCCUUGUUCUUCUAAUAUGUAUAUGUGAUAUUUUUCUGCUUUACUUCAAUAAAGUUGAAUUAUCUCUGUAAAUUAUUUUUCAUAAAAUAUGUUUUUCAACAGAA